AUGACCACUAUCGUCUUCUCUGUGCUUCUCGUAUCCGUAGCCGUAGCUGCCUCUCCAUCAGAAGUUACCUCAAAAAGCAAAUGUGAAUACUUCCUACAGAAAAUUCCUGGAAUGAAUCCAUUGGUGCUUACCGAUCAAAAAGGCAGAAAAUGUCGUGGCGUGGUGGAGAUCCCACUCUGUAGGGGUUACUGUAAGACAUCGGAGAGCGGAACCUAUACGUUUCCACAUCGAGUCCAGAAUAGUUCCGCUUGUGCGCUUAUCGUUACUGGUAUUCAGAUUGUUCCGCUGACCGAUUGCGAUGAUGGAGCUGACGAGGCGAUAAAAUCUGUUUCCUUGCCAACUGGGAACAGAUGCGGUUGCAAGAGUUUCCCCUUUGAGUGA